AUGUCGUCCGUCCCCCAGCUGGUGAAGGUGGGCGUGUCCCUGAAGAUGCUGCCCAAUCACAGCCCCGUGUUCUUCAAAUCGGACGGCGCGCGGUUCGGCCAGACCCGGACCAUCAAGCUGCUGACCGGCUCCAAGUACCGGGUCGAGGUGGUCGUGAGACCAGGAGCCGUGGAGGCAAGGUCCAUGAGCGUGGGCGGGACCAGCUUCCCCCUGGAGCAGCAGUCCAAAGACCCCCAGGCCGGGGUCUACAGCGGCCAGUACGACACGGAAGGCGUGACCCGUACCAAGAGCGGAGAGCGCCAGCCCGUCCAGAUCAUCAUCCAGUUCUCCGAGGUUGGCAGCCUGGAGACGGUGUGGCAGGUCAAGUUCUACAACUACAGCAAGAGGGACCACUGCCAGUGGGGCAACAGCUUCAGCAGCAUCGAGUACGAGUGCAAACCCAGCGACACGUGCACCCUCAUGUGGAUCAACAAGGAGAUGUUCCUCUGAGACCGGACCGGACCGGCCGUCUCCAUGGUGAUGAGGUCACACCAAAACUGUAGAUGUGUUCUGAACUGUGAGGUAGAAGUACGUAAACAUGUGGUUUCCGUGGUAACGAAGGGAUUUCCUGCUUGUUUUUACAUGUAACAUAUUGUUAGGUGUGUCCUGUGUGUGUUUUGCGUUUUUUAUAUUGUUCUUACAUGUGAUAUAAAUUGUUAGGUAGUAUUUUACAUUAUUGAUGAUCUGUGUUUAUAACCAUGACCAGCCAACAUGUUACUUUAACUUUACCAAAACAUGUAGAUAUUAUCAUCUAGAGCUAAACAUGAAGAACUGAACAUCUAGAGCUAAACAUCUGGAGCUAAACAUCUGGAGCCUAAACAUCUAGAUCUAAUCAUCUAAAGCUAAGCAUUUAGAUAUAAUCAUCUAGAUAUAAUCAUGUAGAGGUACAUGAUCUUUGAAACUCUGGUAUUCAGGGAUGUGUUGUGUUUUCUAGAAGUGUCAAAAGGUGUCAAACUACUAUGGAACUGUUUGUUUAUCAAAAAGUUUUUCAUUGUUAUAAUAUUUAGUUGGAAUAAUUUACAUUUUAAUUGUAUUUUUAGAUCGAUUGACCUAUGCAGCAUUAACAACCACACAUGAAAUAUUAACCUUUGAUACGUUGUCAUGUUAUUCUGAUGGUUCAGCUUUUGUGAAUAUACAUACUUUUAAUAAAUAAUUUGCAGGCCAUGAUGACAUCAGAGCCUUUACACUUUAUUUCAUUUCAAUAACUGACCUAAAUGAGGCUUCCAGAGGUCGACUGAUCUGAUAGGACAAACACAAUCUCUCCUGUCCAUGGUAUCCAGAGGUCUAAGGACUGGAUCCGGUUCUGACCAGGACCUGGACCCCAUCUCCUAAUGAUCCUAAACCAGAUCUUCAUUCCAGUUACACACCAGAUCCAGUCCAGUUUUUAUCUGCUUCUCAGUCUCAACAACUACCACACCUCAUUUAGAUAUGCAAAUGUCCAGCUCUACAGCAAUGCUCGUGAUUGGUCUUC